UGCCACUCGACUCGAUCCACAAUCAAAGCGGUAUGCUUGGGCAUAAAAGAUUUACAUGAAAAAACAACCGAGACAAUGGGGUUGGUAAUUUGCCAAAUUGCCACUCCGUGAACCUGUUCUCUCAACGCGAUUCUCCCAGCAUGUAUAGGGCUUGUUGUUGUAAGCAUAUAGGUAUAUAUGUUAUUAUGAUCAGGGUGUGUUGAGUCAGUGCACCUGAGGUUACAAGACGUGAUACCUGAGUCGAGACGCCGACAUACCUGAGGUGAGGAACUACAUUACUUACCUGUAAUCAGCGAUAACUGUGGAGAAUAUCCAGGUACACAUUAUGGACUGUGGAUAAACAGCAAGGGAUCACUAGCACACCACCACCAUGCUGAGAACUUGCACCCCGGGGCCUGCUCCCCACCUUCGAGCCCCGUCCCCCACGGAGGGACUGCGACGCCAGAUCGUUGAUAUGGUGAGGAUCACAGACUAUGGGCAGGGGCAACGCUCGGCCACCAUCAUAUAUGACUUGAGGCAGAGACAGGUUGUACAAGGGGACACAACUCGCGGUAAAACACCCGAUAUACGUCGAAUCACUGCAAGAAACCGACCUGGAGAUUUUGGGCAUGACCUCGAUACAUCCAAAUCAUCCGGAUCUUUCCCCCAGCCCUGUAAGACAUCAACGCCCUGCAUUCAAAGGCGUGAGACAAAACGUGUGACGGAGGUUAGAAACCUGUCCCCUAAUCGCUUCAAGAUCCCAAGCCCCCCGCGGACUUCCCAGGGUGUCCCUGAGACUACAAAGAGGCCCCGGACCGGUCAGGGUCGAGGGCGGAGGGUCGUAAGGACAAAGAGCAUCCGGCUUCAGAAUGACACUGCAGGUCCUCACUGUCAAUCCUCGGAUUCAUCCAGUCCAUCGGACGAGAAAACUACCAGCAAAACAUCGGGGGAACCUUGCGAAGUUCGUGGCAACGCCAUCAGUACGUCUCCAGCACGACCAAGAGUUAUGUCCCCUGUGAAGCGGGCUGAGGUGCAGCGCCGCGCUACGCUGUUCUCGACCUCGCUUGAACUGUUCCGAAGGCGAUUGAAGAUGAACCAAAGCAAAUUUUUCAGUUGUAAUAAAGUUAACCCUGAGGAAUAUGUGAUAAGGAAAGAUGAGAGAAAACCAUCGGCUAAACAGCGACUUAAUGUCAACAAUAUUCAAAAUUCAAACAAACCAUCAUCACCGGUCCGUGUCGCUCAAACGCAACUGGAGGAUUCCGCUGACGACAGAUUGGAGACGAAGCAGACAAGAUGUUCCUACAGACUUCCCGAAUUAACGGAUGAAGAGAAACAGGUGACGUUCGGCGACCUCCGCAGCCUCCCGCAAGUACAGACAUACGUCCUGGAAGAUGAUGGCACAGACCAAGUCCGUCGACGCACAUUUAAAGAACCUGCUCCGUUGACGUCUCACAACCUCGGCAUUCACAACAUGUUUAUGGACCAGCAACGUCGGCGGCCUCGCGUUGAGGCUAAUGGCGUCAUUUACGACGCCCGGACGUGGCGCUGGGUGGAAGAAUCGAAUGCACAAGGCAGGGUCCAAAGAAUGGUUCGAUUCAACAUCACGUCCAAUCCCGUCACAGAAACUGUGCCUAUGUCAGACUCGAGUAGAGUGGUGUCCGACGGGUCACGUGAUUAGUGUCACACCGUCCUUAUAAACGUAAUAGGGACUAGUUCCCUGGUGCCUGUGAUAAUGGUGGACCUUGUGAUAUUUCAUUCAUCGGAGUAUCCAAAUGGAUUAUCGACGUUAUAUUCGGAUACCUAUCUGUUUGACAUGUCUGUAUACAAGCGAUCCCGUGAUUUAGUGGUGAUGGAUAUGGGUCAUUAACCCUGGUUUUGCCUUGAUGAAUAUACUUGAUGAAUACUUUGUAAAACGCCGUGUAUAUAGUUACAAACUACGUUCAAACUAACCACAAUAUUUCAAAUGUCUUGGCAUAGAAAAUAAGAUUUGUCUACCGCCCUAAAUGUCGUUUAUGUUCAUCCGAAAAACUCUUCUUUGUCCGUCCGGCACUCCAUCGCUCGCCUUUUCGUUUUUAGGGUCUUGAUGGCUACAAGUCCGUCGUUGAGACACCCUGCUCCAUAGUUCGCAAAUAUUUCCGACUGUAACGGAAGUUGUAAUGUUGAAUAUUUUCGGUAAGGCCCCCAUGUGUUUGUGGACCUUGGUGAAUUUUACCCCUCAUUUUCGGUGGCGGGUAAAGACACAUUUGGUUCGCUGGAGCAUCGACCGUGGAAAAGAGCUAACUCUAAGUGUCCCCAACAUUGCCAAAAUAGUUUCAUCAGAAUUGGAUGACUUUAAUCUUUGUGACGUUUUUGGUCCCAACGCGUAUCAAAUAUAAUGUUUCGAUGUACACUAUAUAUAGUGAACCGUAAGCUCGAAUACGUUUUCGUCAUGAUGCAUGAAGUUAUUUAUUUCGUAAUAUUAGAAGAUAGAUUCGUUUUGAUUUUCUUCACCGUCCACACAUUUCAUGACUCCAUGAACCGAUUUGACGCGAGAUCUGUAGUAGGGGCAGGUAACUCAACACGGUUUUUUUCACGUUCCCCUUGACAUAUGUCAGUCGGCCUACAUCUCGGAACGGUAUAUACGCUGCCAAGAAUACUUGUUUAUGUGAACAAGUGCCAAUUUUCGGUAUUGCAUUGGCGUUGAAUGGACAUUGGUUUACGAUCUUUCUAUGAAACUCCACGUCCUUCAAAUUGACUGAAUAGAUUAUUGCAGACUCGCGUAAAGUACAACAGGUGUUUCCUACACUUCCUGGAUGCUUCGAGUGAAGAUACUUUCCUGAUUGAUGAACACCUGCUGGAGGGAGAAGCUUUUGGAUCAGUUCACAUUUGCAUGGUCGUUUCCUUAGCAUGUUCAGACAUGUUCACACCUGCUGGAGGGGGAAGCUUUUGGAUCAGUUAACAUUUGCAUGGUCGUUUCCUUAGCAUGUUCAGACAUGUUCACACCUGCUGGAGGGGGAAGCUUUUGGAUCAGUUCACAUUUGCAUGGUCGUUUCCUUAGCAUGUUCAGACAUGUUCACACCUGCUGGAGGGAGAAGCUUUUGGAUCAGUUCACAUUUGCAUGGUCGUUUCCUUAGCAUGUUCAGACAUGUUCACACCUGCUGGAGGGGGAAGCUUUUGGAUCAGUUAACAUUUGCAUGGUCGUUUCCUUAGCAUGUUCAGACAUGUUCACACCUGCUGGAGGGGGAAGCUUUUGGAUCAGUUAACAUUUGCAUGGUCGUUUCCUUAGCAUGUUCAAACAUGUUCACACCUGCUGGAGGGGGAAGCCUUUGGAUCAGUUAACAUUUGCAUGGUCGUUUCCUUAGCAUUUUACUAUUUCAGUUGUUUCGUGCUUUCAUGCAUUGGUUGCUGACUGAUAUUUCGCUGACCCCAUACCAUCAGAUCAUAUCAUCAGUUAACGUAUCAGUUUCGGUUAACUAGUAUUUCACGGAAUAUUUCGCUGUCACUCUAUACAAUAAGUUCACAUUAUCAGUUUCGGUUAACUGUUAUUCAGCUGAAUAUUAUUUUGUAUUAAAAAAAACCAUCGGUUCAGAUCAGCAGUCCACAUCAGUUUUCGUCUGACUGAUAUUUUGCUGAAUAUUUCAUGACACGAUAUGUCAUCGCUUCAUAUUCUCAGUUAUUCCUAGUUUCGAUUAACUGAUAUUUCGCAGAAUAUUUCAUGAAACGAUAUGCUACCAGUUAACAUUCUCAGUUAACCCUAUUUUCGAUUAACUGAUAUUUCGCUGAACAUUUCAUGACACGAUAUACCAUCAGUUUAUAUUCUCAGUUAACCCUAUUUUUUGAUUAACUGAUAUUUCGCUGAAUAUUUCAUGAAACGAUAUGCCAUCAGUUCGUAUUCUCAGUUAUUCCUAGUUUCGAUAAAGGGAUGUUCGCAGAAUAUUUCAUGGCACGAUAUACCAUCAGGUCGUAUUCUCAGUUAUUCCUUGUUUCGAUCAACUGAUAUUUCGCGGAAUAUUUCAUGACACGAUAUACCAUCAGUUAAUAUUCUCAGUUAACCCUAGUUUCGAUUAACUGAUCUUUCGCUGAAUAUUUUAUGACACAAUAUGCCGUCAGUUAAUAUUCUCAGUUAGCACUAGUUUCGAUUAACUGAUAUUUCGCUGAAUAUUUCAUGACACGAUAUGCCAUCAGUUAAUAUUCUCAGUUAGCACUAGUUUCGAUUAACUGAUAUUUCGCUGAAUAUUUCAUGACACGAUAUGCCAUCAGUUAAUAUUCUCAGUUAGCCCUAGUUUCGAUUAACUGAUAUUUCGCAGAAUAUUUCAUGACACGAUAUACCAUCAGGUCGUAUUCUCAGUUAUUCCUAGUUUCGAUAAAGUGAUGUUUCGCAGAAUAUUUCAUGGCACGAUAUACCAUCAGGUCGUAUUCUCAGUUAUUCCUUGUUUCGAUUAACUGAAGUUUGGCAGAAUAUUUCAUGGCACGAUAUACCAUCAGUUCAUAUUAUCAGUUAACCCCAGUUAAUUUCGGUGACACGAUGUCUCGUAUCGACGUCGGUUAACCGAUAUUGCGCAGAAUACUAGUACAGUUUGUUAGUCUUUAUGCCCUCGUAACGCAUCCGUUCACAUUAUCAGUUAACCUGGUUAAAUGAUAAUUCGUUCCGUUUCGAACUUUUUCGCUGAACACACGUACUGAUGGAUUUAUCCCACAUUCUGAGAUACCAUGCUUGGUCACAUUCCUUUUGGUUGAACAUGUGAUUGAGAAACAAGACCUACUCUUCCGAAAGCAGUAGUCGAUUUCGAGAUGCGGAGACCCAGAAUUUUAAUGUGAUGGUGGACAUUUAGUUGAAUUUUCAAGAAUUUUCCUGAGAUACCCUCUCGGGGUUUCGAAUUUGACAUUCUACCUGCGCUCAUGGCGCACGUCAUUGCUGCUGUAGAUACCCAAAGAAACUACAGGUGCCAAGUUUUUCGCCCUCUUUGAUUUUUUCGUCCGGCACUGACAGAAAAGGGGAAAUAACUCAACGACUUCCAGACUGAGUAGUCGAACGGCCAAUUAUUUCGCCUUUACGAAUCUGACGCGACCACAAGGGUAGUAUCAAGACACAGCGAACGUCCGGUUCUUGCACAAUAUUAUUUUCCCAACAUGUUUUGGGGAAAAUAGUAAAUUAGUUUCACAAGGACUUACACCCCCUUUUCAGUUACUUGCAAGUUCCCCCUGGACACGUGGACAAAGUUUCCCAUGUUGUGGCGGGAUAGACAUGUCGUGUUUCUAUGCCAAGACAGACAUUGUAUUAUGUACAUUACUCUACACGAAUUACGUAUUAAUCUAAAUACUAGUACUCUAACAAUUCGAAUGUGAUAAUGUGUAAUUGUGAUACCCUUCAACCUCCUGAAAAUGUAACCUACGAAGAAAUUGGAAAGCCAUUCCCUUUAAAACAUUUUUGGUUACUUAAUUUCCUUCCCAGCCAUACAAUCUCCGAACCCGGAAGGAAGGUGCAUAUGCCUGCAUAUGAAGGACCAAGCAAUACAUACAUGUACAUAAGUAUCACCGUAAAUAUGCGGAUCUAAGUGCCAUGUUUAAUGUAAUGCCAAUGCGUUGCGUGUAUAUAUAUGUGUGUCUCAGUCAUGUACCUCGUGUGAUGUGAUUGGAAGUGUCAAUGUACAUCUUUUUCAAAAUAUACUCAAAUUAGCUGGGAAUCUAUACGUGCACGUGUUUUGAGUGUACCAAGAAAACGAGCUUCACUUUCAUUUUCAUUGUGAUUGUUUUAUGUACAUACCAAGGCGAACAUUGACAUUUCUUAUUGUUUCAAAAUAUAUGUGUGACAAUAAACAGUAAACAAUUGCA